AUGUCUCACCUAUCAUCAUACCCCCAUCUAUCCACCAUUCUCGGAGUCUACCCCCAAUGCGAGAACCACUGCUACGGGUACGCCGUAUCCCAACGGCGCCGCUGCAAGCUGCCAACGAGGAGAGACAAUCGAGACAGGGCUUUCUGGCUUCUCAACGAGGGUACCAGGCUCCUACAGCGCGGCUUCUCCAUCGACAGUCUGCUCAUUGAGCUAGCCCCGCUAGUGCUCUGCACACGCUGGCAUCAAAACCAGGCAGACAACCUGGUCGGAGACUGGCGGGCCAAGCUGCGGGCGUUCGAGGAGCAGAGUGUUCUAGCUGCUGUGCUGAAAUCUCUCCGGGAACACGCGAACAGUCAGGCACGGUUGGCAAGGUCAGCGGGUGAGCAGCGUGUCACUGAGAGAGUUUCAAGACCGACGCGCUCGGAGCGGUCGGCUGCCAUUGAGACAGGGGAAGAGGGACGGGAAAAUAGGGAGGAGGGACCUUCUCCCAGCCGAACAUCUACGGAGACUUCGUCGCCAGCUGUCGUCAAUCGUGCGGCGGAGGAGCCAACCGUCCCUCAGAGGGAGCGGAGAACGACCCGUAAGCCAAUUGAAGGAGACUGUGGAAUCUGCAUGUGUCCUCUACGAGGACAAGAUAGUGAGGAAGACGACGAAGGAUCGAAUGUCGACCGAGAAGAGGACGGAGACAACGAUGAUGAAAAUGAAAAUGAUGUGUCGGGCACAGCGUCCGACAACGAGGACCGCGAUGGCCCCGAAGAAGAAAACCUUGACGACCUUGUAUACUGCAGGAAUCAGUGCGGGACGAAUUACCACAAAGCCUGCAUCGACCAGUGGAUUGCUACAUUUGAAAACCGACGAGGUUCUCCUACCUGCCCGACCUGUCGCGCAGUGUGGUCAUCCUGA